AUGCAUCUGUACACGUUUGGUGGCCUGCUCGCUGCGCUGGCCAGUGUGCAACCCAGCCUCGGCGCAAACUUCACCUAUAAUGACACCGACUUCCUACUCAAUGGCGAGCCCUUCAAAAUAAUCGGCGGCCAGAUGGACGCCCAGCGCGUGCCGUGGCAAGAAUGGGACUCACGCCUGGCGUUUGCGCGCGCCAUGGGCCUGAACACCAUCAGCACGUAUGUCUACUGGAACCAGAUCGAGGACCAACCGGGCCAGUACAUCACCAACGGCAGCAACAACUUUGCCGCCUACGCUGAAAAGGCGCAGGAUGCUGGCCUGCAGGUCGUCUUGCGCGUGGGACCCUACAUUUGUGGCGAGCACGAAUGGGGUGGGUUCCCAGCCUGGUUGAACAAUAUCGACAAUAUGACGGUGCGCUCGAACAACCCGCAGUUCCUGGAGAGGACUCAGUCGUGGCUCAACUGGCUGGGCGACUGGCUGGAUCCGCUGAUGAUCAACAACGGCGGCCCGAUUAUCAUGGUUCAGGUUGAGAAUGAGUACGGGUUUUAUGAUAGUGACCACACGUAUACGAGUGCGCUUGCUGCGCAGUUUGAGAGUGCUUUUACCGGCGGUGCUAUCUUGUAUACCAACGAUGGGCCGGAUGCUCUGGAGGCUGGCGCCAUUCCCAACAUCCUGGCCGAGACCGAUGGUAGCACGAUAGACGGCCCGAAGGCUAGAGCAAAGGAUGGUAUGAAGGGACCGAACAUGGACGGCGAAUAUUACAUCACCUGGCUCGAUCAAUGGGGCCAGCCUCACCAGUCGAUUGUCGGAAACACGGAGCGAAUCGCCAGUAUCCAAGCUGACCUGGCUGCUGCCCUGGACAACAAUACAUCUUUCAGCCUCUACAUGUUCAACGGCGGCACCAAUUUUGGUUUCCAAAACGGUGCCGACUGGGGCAACUCGACCCUGCCGAUCACGACCAGUUACGACUAUGGCGCUCCUCUGGACGAGUCUGGCCGGCCCACUGAUAUCUACUAUGCCCUGCGUGAGGCGCUCGGAAACUAUACUUCUGAUCUUCCAGACGUUCCGGACAUUGACCCGAUGAUUAACAUCUCCUCAAUCGACGUGAAGCCUGCGUUUUACCUCUUCGACGCCCUGCCCACCCCGCAGACCAUGGACACCCCGGUUAACAUGGAGCAGCUGAACCAGUGGUAUGGAUUUACUUUGUAUCGAUACAACGUCAGCGACUCUGUCAGCGGCCUGUUGACGCCUGGCGUAGCCGCCAAGGACCGGAUUAUCGUGUACGUGAAUGGGGAGCGACAGGGCGUGAUUGACAGUUUGUAUCCGGCCGGCGAGCAGCAAAACGUCACUCUCGAUUUGAAAGCCGGUGACACUCUGGAUCUGCUGAGCGAGAACCUGGGCCGUAUCAAUUUCGGCAGCUUGAUUACGUCCCAGACAAAGGGCGUUAUCGGCGACGUCAAGGUCAGCGACACGGUACUUAGCGGCUGGGACGUGUAUACUCUACCGCUAGAAAGCGGACUUGACAAGCCUUCUGGCGCGUCAGCACCAGGCAAUGUUUCCUCGGCUGAUAGCCCCAUCUUCUACACGGGCACCUUUGACGUGUCCACCCCCGGUGACACAUUCUUGGAACUGCCCGGCUGGACCAAGGGCGUCAUCUGGGUGAACGGCAACAACCUGGGCCGUUUCUGGACGAUCGGUCCGCAACAAUCGUACUUUUUGCCGGGAGCGUGGCUGGAGAAGACGAAGAAUACGAUUCUAAUUCUGAAUUUGGAGCCGAGUGGCAGCGAGGGGACGGUCAAUGGUGUCACGAACCGCACAUGGGCAGUGCAGCCGGAUCCGGAUGCUCCUUGA